CGGAGUUUGUGUGGCCGCCGCCGCGGGAACGUGAAGCGCGGUAGUUUUUCAAGGGAGAGAGAGAGGCGGCUUCCCGUGGGUCUCGGUGAAGCGACAGCGAGCGUCCGCGGCUGUCUCGCGGUCCGCAAGAGGCGGCAUGGAGGACGAGCGGGGCCGGGAGCGUGGCGGCGACGCGGCGCAGCAGAAGACGCCGCGGCCGGAGUGUGAGGAGUCCCGGCCGCUGAGCGUGGAGAAAAAGCAGCGAUGCAGACUUGAUGGCAAAGAGACAGAUGGAUCGAAGUUCAUUUCCUCCAAUGGCAGUGACUUCAGUGACCCGGUUUACAAAGAGAUCGCAAUGACAAAUGGUUGUAUCAACCGGAUGAGUAAGGAGGAACUCAGAGCUAAACUUUCAGAAUUUAAGCUUGAAACAAGAGGAGUCAAGGAUGUUCUAAAGAAGAGACUGAAAAACUAUUACAAGAAGCAGAAGUUGAUGCUGAAAGAGAGCUCCGCUGGGGACAGUUACUAUGACUACAUUUGUAUCAUUGACUUUGAGGCUACUUGUGAAGAGGGGAACCCAGCUGAGUUCCUACAUGAAAUCAUUGAGUUUCCUGUUGUCCUGUUGAAUACACACACCUUAGAAAUCGAAGAUACGUUUCAGCAGUAUGUGAGACCAGAAGUCAAUGCUCAGCUUUCAGAGUUCUGCAUCGGUCUGACUGGAAUCACUCAGGAUCAGGUAGACAGAGCUGAUGCUUUCCCUCAGGUCCUGAAAAAAGUGAUUGAGUGGAUGAAGUCAAAGGAGUUGGGAACUAAGUAUAAGUACUGUAUACUAACAGAUGGCUCCUGGGAUAUGAGUAAGUUCCUAAGCAUCCAGUGCCGGCUCAGCAGACUCAAACACCCGGCCUUCGCUAAGAAGUGGAUCAAUAUCCGGAAGUCAUACGGAAACUUUUAUAAGGUUCCCAGAAGCCAGACCAAACUAACAAUAAUGCUUGAAAAAUUAGGAAUGGAUUAUGAUGGACGGCCUCACAGCGGUCUCGAUGACUCUAAGAACAUUGCUAGAAUAGCUGUUCGGAUGCUUCAGGAUGGAUGUGAACUUCGAAUCAAUGAAAAAAUACUUGGAGGACAGCUGAUGAGUGUGUCCUCGUCCUUACCAGUAGAGGGCGCUCCUGCUCCACAGAUGCCACAUAGUAGAAAGUAACUGCAGUUUUCUCUGAUCAGUUGCUACAAAAGUAGCAGGCGAAUGAAUCUGAGCUAAUGCAACCUUCAAGCACCUUAAACAUUUAAGAUCUUAUUACAGUUACAGAUAGAUGGGUAUGUAUGCAGACAUUUUGUGGGAGGACACACCAAAUUCUUUGUCACCAGCACUUUUGAUCUGAGCAGUAUUUGUUACACACAGUAACCAGUCUCUGCUCAGAACUGAAUUUUAUAAUGUAAGGUGUCCAAGAUGUGUUCCUUGGCUUUUAAGAUGGAAGUUUUAUCAGAAAAUUCUUUACAUGUCAUAUCUUAUUGAUACUGGAAUUUAAAAUGAAUUUCUACAUUACCACCAUUAAAUUAAAUACAUUUUUUGAAAAUGUGGAAAGGAUUGAAAGGUAGUGUUGGCCCAUUGAGUUUUAAGUAAAACGUGGUCCUUUUAGUUUUGUGAGUUUGUAGGUGAAGUGAGGGGUUUGUCCCAAGAAGACUGUGUGUGGGUACCAGAUUCUGCAAGUGCUGAAGUUCUAUAGUUCAAAUGGCGUAAUGUUUCUAUAUAACCUACACGUUCUCCCGUAUAUUUUAAUCAUCUCUGGGUAGCUUAUACUUAAUAAACUAUAAAGAAAUGGUUGUAUCAUUUAGGGAAUAAUGACAAGGAAAAAAAAACCCUGCAAGUUGAUGUGGUCACAACCAUAGUGGGCCUUGCUACAUAGCACAUGAGUAAGUUGCUAAGCCAGCACGAGCUACAAAAAAAACAAGAUCUGAGAUGGUGGAGGCAACUUCAGCUGUCCCCUGCGUCACUCACUCUGGUCCACUCAGCAAAGUGCUUGCUGAGCAGCAAAUUCAGGUGUUUCUUCUUGGAACAUUUUCGGCAUAUCUGUGUAUAGCCUAUAUUCAAGCUGGGAAGUUAUUUCUAAAGGUGCCUACUUUGACAGCCCUGAACACACAUGACCCCCAGUUUGAUCCCCAGAACACACGUGAUAGGCUAAGAGAACCGACUCAGCUCAAGGAUGAGAAAGUACUGGGGCCAGUUUCAUAUUAUAACUGGAAACCUUGUAAUAGGUCAUAGAAUUUAGUUAAAAAUCUAGUUACUGGAGGCUAGCGAGAUGGCCCAGUGGUUAAAAGUACUUGCUUCUCUUGUAGAAGAUCCUAGCUCAGUUCCCAGAACCCACAUGGUGGCUCACAACCAUCUGUAAGUUUCAAAGAAUCCAACAGGCAAAA